CCGGUGAUGUCACACCUCCCAGACAGCCACGAUUGGACCCUAAUUAGAAAGCUCGGCAGCAAAUAGAUAAGCGUCCUGCCUGAUUGAAUCCAAAGUGGCUGAUGCCCAAAAUCUGUGCAGAGGCGCAGAGUCGAACGGCGCGCCGGCAUCAGUGCUGUCUGAGAGCCGCCCGACAGUCGCUCCGCGAGCCGAGGGACGACCAGGAGUUUCCAGAGGUGACUCGGGAAAACCGCACACGCAAACACACACACAGGAAAAGAAACACAACGAGGGAAGAGAGCACGGUCCGAGUCCAAGCGGGAGCGGACGCUGCGCUGUCGGAGCGCAACGGAGGCGGAAGCGAUCCAAGUCCGAAAGGGAGUCGAGCCGCCGAGUCCCAAGUUGUCGCCGCGCCGCGCUCCAGAGGCUGCGCUCAUGGCAUCCGUGCUCGGCAACGGCGGCCGCGCGUCCGGGGCUCAGAGCGGGCAGGUGAAAUGCAAGCUGAAGAGGAGGCGCAGGAGGCGAUCCAAGAGGAAAGAGAAAGUCAGUAUGCUGUCAGCAUUGAUCGCCCCCUUCAAGUACAUAAGCCCUGGGACCAGCAGCACAGAGGAUGAGGACAGUUUAAGCACCAGCAGUGCAGAAGUAAAGGAAAACCGACACGUCGGUAACUUGGAGGAUCGCCCCGUUGGAUCACCGGCGUGCCAGGCGCUUUUCAGCUCCGACUCCGCAAGAAUUGGCGGCGCCGGUCUGAAGAGGAAGCGGCCCCUGGAGGAGGACAACAACGGACACUUGUGUGAACUCCGGCUGAUCUAUAAGAAAGUCUCCUGGUCAGAAGCGCCUAAGAACGCCCUGGUGCAGCUCAACGAGCUCCGGCCGGGGCUGCAGUACCGCGUGGUGUCUCAGACUGGCCCCGUCCACGCACCCGUCUUCUCCAUCGCCGUGGAGGUCAACGGGCUGACCUUCGAGGGCACGGGCCCCACGAAGAAGAAAGCCAAGAUGAAGGCCGCCGAGCUGGCCCUCAAGUCCUUCGUGCAGUUCCCCAACGCUCCUCAGGCCCAUCUGGCCAUGGGCAACAUCUCAAACCCUUCGGCCGACUUCACCUCCGAUCAGGCGGACUUCCCCGGCACGCUCUUCAAGGAGUUUGAGUCUUCGCCCUGCUCCGAUGGCCUCUCGCUCUGCGACUCAGCAGCAGAGAGCGAGCUGCUGUCGAGUGAGCUACUGAGACACGGGCGGUUGCUCCGCCACACGUUGGACCUGAUGGUGCAGGCUCAACAGAGGCUCGGUGGGAUUGUUCCGGAGCCGGAGGCCCCCAAGAGUGCCGUGGCUUUGCUCAACGAGCUCCGGCCGGGCCUGCGCUACGCCUGCCUGUCGGAACAAGCCGAGGGCCGGCGGCUGCGCAGCUUCGUGAUGGCGGUGCGCGUGGACGGGCGGAUAUUUGAGGGCUGCGGGCGCAGCAAGAAGCUGGCCAAGAACCAGGCGGCCCAGUGUGCUCUUCAGGCCCUCUUCAACAUCAGGACGGCCCCUGAGGGGAAGACGGGCCUCAAAGCCAGCAGGAAGAGCUGUCCUCAUUUACCCCAGGUCUUUGCCGAUUCAAUAUUCCACUUGGUGAGGGAGAAGUACCGGUCGCUGGUGGGCGGCUGCAGUCCUGCGCACGCUCGACACAAAUCCCUGGCAGGCAUCGUAAUGACCCGAGGUCUGGACCUGAGGCACGCCCAGGUGGUGGCGUUAUCCACGGGUACCAAGUGUAUCAACGGGGAGUACCUGAGUGACCAGGGACAAGUGGUCAAUGACUGUCACGCCGAAGUCACGGCUCGCAGAGCGCUGCUACGCUUCCUUUACUCUCAACUGGAACUCUUCUUAAGUAAAACGCCGGAGGACUGCGAAGAGUCGAUAUUUGUGCGGCACAAGGAGUGCGGCUACAGGUUGAGAGACAACGUCCAUUUCCACAUGUACAUCAGCACCUCGCCGUGUGGGGACGGGAGGCUGAACUCGCCCUAUGAAAUCACCUCUGACUUACACAGCAGCAGACACCUCAUGAGAAAGCACCGCAGCCACCUGCGGACCAAAAUCGAAUCAGGCGAGGGGACGGUUCCGGUGCGAGGUCGGGGGCCCGCCCAGACGUGGGACGGCGUCUUACAGGGCGAGCAGCUCAUCACCAUGUCCUGCACCGACAAGAUCACCAGAUGGAACAUCCUGGGCCUGCAGGGGGCGUUGCUGAGCCACUUUGUGGAGCCGGUGUACCUGCACAGCGUGACCGUCGGCAGCCUGCGCCACCCGGGCUAUCUGGGCAGAGUCCUGAACCAGCGGCAGGAGCGCCUCGGCCCGCUGCCCGCCACGCACAGACGCAACCAGCCCCUGCUCAGCGGGCUGAGCACUGCGGAGAAUCAGCAGCCAGGCAAGGCCUCCUGUGUGAGUGUCAACUGGACGCUGGGGGACGCCCAGCUGGAGGUGGUCAACACAGCAACGGGACGGAGACGGGACUCGGGGACACCGUCUCGUCUCUGCAAACACGCCCUCUUCGCCCGCUGGAACAGACUUUACCGCAAGUUGGGGAUCCACGUGUUCAGCUCGGCUGAGUGCCAGCUCAUGUACUGCGACGCCAAGAUGGCGGCACGUCCUUACCAGACAGUGAAGCAGCAGUGGUUCAGAUCCCUGCAGGAAACGGGCCUCGGGACCUGGGUCAAGAAACCGCCUGAGCAGGAACAGUUCCUGCUGUCGGUCUGAGGACCAGAGAGAGAGUGUUUGUUUAACCUUCAUAAGGGUACGAUGGCGUCAUGCUCUUUAUCAACAUCCUGUUACACCUUCAUACCUGGAGGUUUACUGGUGUAUCUUCUAAAGUCACAGCUAUUGUCACCAGUGUGUGUGUGUGUGCGUGUGUGUCAUCCUGGACGGGCCGCCCUUCCACCCAACAGACACACAACAAGAGGAAGGUCAACUGGACGGGCUGAAAGGAAAACACACAUAAAAAGAUGGACCCUUUCCUUUUUAAGGCACUUUUUCAAGCACACAAGCACACACGUUUAAGCAAACACACACCUAAAUACCCCCUCUUCGGCUGUCAAGGAAGGGUGAGAUAACCUUGAGCAGAAUGAAAGGCAGCCGCUAUCUUGUCAUCAGCUAUUUCCGGGCCCCCAAGGCUCCCGCUGAGGAGCCGAGCCGUUGGGGAGAGAGACGGAGAAAGGGAAAAAGCACGAGAGAGAGAGAGAGAGAGAGAGAGAGAGAGGGGUCCACGUCCAAUUACCGGCCCUGUCAGCGUGACGGGUGAUAGAAGAAGGAGAAAGGAAGAGCGGGAAAGGGAGAGAGGGACACAACAUCGCUUUCAGCCCGUCUCACCUUGCCUCUCUCAUUUCUAUCUUUGUCCUCCAUUUCUGACUCACCCUUUGACUCCUGACUUCCUCCUCCUUUUGUCUCCAUCUCUCCCUCCUCGCCCCCCUUUACAUUUCCUUUAGUCCUCUACCUAGUUCCCCCGCCGUCCUUUUUGUCACUCCGCCCCUAUGCCCCCCCCCCCCGCCUUUCAAGCGCGGUGGAGGUUAACACGACGAGACUACAGGUUAAAACACCCUCUUUUUUUCUCCUUACCUCAAUCGCUCGCCAACACUGAGGUGCUUAAAGGCAGCCAUGACUUUGCCUAAGUACAGGUGUGGGUGAUGAAGGGGAGUUAUUUUCAGUUUUUCCCUCCCUUUCAUACAAAUUGCAUCCUUCUCUUUGUGUCUUGUGACCUGGUUGACCUCCGUUGCCGUACACCUGAACGGGAGCCAAUGAGAGUGGCAGUUAAAAAAAUCAGCGAGGUGAAUAUGGAGAGUAACGAUCACUACCAUUGUAUCUCACGCAAUUUGUUAUGUCUACACAUACUUCACGAUGUGAACAAAGAUAUUUCUCAUGCAGCUAAAUGUUGGUGUUCAUUGUGAUCAUGGCUGUGUUUUUUCUGUCAUUGCUGUAUUAUGUCCGACUGUAGAGGGACUAAAUCAAAGUAAUGAGAGUGACACCUAGUGGUCAUUCCCUGUCAUUGUCUCCCUGUCCUGCUUACUGAGCCCCCGGUGUGGCUGCAUCAAGCGAGGACGGGUCGGCAAACAUGAUCGUUGACCGCACACAAGGGAGAACUUUCCCUGCAUGUGACUCCACGGCCACUAGGCCAAAGUUUUCACUGGUCUUUAAUAGGUCUAUGUGGUAUUAGUGGUUUUUGACGCCCUCAGAAACGUUAUAGCGUUACUUAUUUAAGAAGUUAAAUUUCAAAAAGAAAGGCUUACUGAUUGACUAUUGGGAUUAAUGCUCACACGCUCAGCUGUCCUGCUUCAUCGCGGCUGCGGUUGGAUUGACAAUGACCGAACAACCCACCAACUGUGUGCACGUUCUCAUCCAAAUGACGCCAAAUCCCGACCGACUCACUGUUGUGAAAGGUCCCUUUUCUCAAUGAAGCCACACCCCAAAAGGCAUUAUGCAUUUCACCCUGACUCCAGAGGCGACAUGACGAGGGGGACUGUACCCUCGUCUGAGUGCUCGGGGCGCAGCCACAUGAACCUUUUUGGGUGCCCCGAUUCAAGGAAGUCACGCGGUCUCGCGUUGCUACGUUGCUCCCACUUAAAGAUUAGACUUGGUAAAAACCUGUCUGUCUGUGUGCAUCAGAGCAGAGAUAUAGCGUUUGUUUUCCACCAACAUGUGUUGCAGAUUUUCAUUGUUUGAGUGGUCAUCGUCAGCACACACUCCAUAACUCGACGGGGUUCGUCGACAGAGGUAACAACAUUCACACCAUGGUUUAUAAUGGCUGUAAAAGCCAUAACAACAGAUUUAUUUUAAGAGACAAUAAAUAUAAGCAUGUCUGAAUGCAAUACUGUAUCUAAUAGUGUACAUAUGUACAAAAGAAUGGUGAAAAAUACGUGAACGAGAUCCUCAAAUGUCUAAAUAUCAUUUAAAUGAAAGGAUACUAAAGAACUGCUGCUUAAGUCUGUAAAUUGCACUUCAGUAACAAAAAGUGAAUGUUUGUAUUGUAUAUGUGAAUAAAACCACAAAAUCUUGUAAUUUUA